CAGGCAGGUCAAAACGGCAACACGUCGACUCGGUCGGCGUUUGCCACACUUAUCUGCCGCUUCAAAGCGGAGCGCGCGGUCCCCGCGAUCUCGCAUUUUUCGCGUCUUAUCCACGGCGAUCGGCACGCACGUGUGUGAGCGACUGUCCAACAUAACGACAAAGUGCAUAAUCCCGCGCGGCAAACGAGAGAACGCGAAACGACGCGUUGGUAACCCGUUGGGGACCGACUUAGGUCCCCGUGUGGCAAAUUCCGCAGUCGCGCAGUCCGAGGGAUCAUUUUUCAAAUGAACGCAGGGCGAUGCAGCGCGCAGGACGCCCGGGUGUUUUGACAUAUGCAAUGUAUAGUUGUAUCUUAUUAUAGUGAUAUCAACGAUAGUGUUCUGAAAUAUCUCUGUAAACAACAGUGCGUUUGCUGGCGGUGAAUGACGAGGGAGGCAUCGUCAGAGCGCAGCGUGGCACGAACGAGCUACGAGAAUGCCGACGGAUGUGACCGGGGGCCCAGGACUCGCAGUAGUGGCAGGGGAUGUCCUUACCCUACGAGGCACAGGACUCGCUGCUGCAGAAACGUGGGCUCUCCUCUGCCAGGCAGCCCAGGCCCUCCAGGAUCUUUUUCUUUCAAAUGGAGGCGUGGUAGGUGGUUCGAGAGCAGGACCAGUGGUGACUCCGCAUACACUGGAACUGACACCACGUGGUAGGGUUUUGCUGCAGCUCGCACCGCCGGAAACUGCUCGGGCGUACCUGCCGCCAGAGUAUCGACCCGGCCGCGUAUAUUCGGACACGGAUUCGGAAAAAAUGUGGAUGUAUUCCUUAGGCAGAGCAUUAUUAGACACGACUCCCAGAGCAACGGCGUUAACGGGGACUGUUUCCGUUUCGCCCUCUUCCGCUUUGCAAUCGGUGUUGGCCGCCAUGACGGAACCUGAUCCUCGUAGACGUGCCUCCUUGAUGAAUUUGCUCGAUGUAAUAUCCGAAUACUGCCGGACGCGUCUACAAGCAAGGCCCUUUACGCAUAUAGUAAUGGAAAUGUACCGAGAAGUCGUAAGAUCACCUCAAUACGCCGCGCGCAAACGAGCGGCCUAUUACCAGCUGAAUGCCCUGUGCCCUGCUCGGAAUACGGUCGAUCAUCUGAAUCAGCAAAAAAUCUACGGUCAUCAUCAUCAUCAUCAUCAUCAUCAUCCGCAACGACAGCAGCAGGAUCACAUCCAAAGUGCGAAUGGUCAAUUACCGUCUUUUCAACAUCAGGCUCAUGUCGGGCAACAUUUGUCGAGUCAGCUAACUGCCCAGCAGCAACAGCGGCAACCGUCACACGAUUACGUUCAAUCUUCGGCAAAUCAAUUUCGCUCGCUUAACCAGCAGCAGGAUCACGCCCAGCAACCGUUGAAGAACGAUCAAUAUAAUCAUCAUUAUAAUUACCAGCGUGUGAAAGGGACUCAUUUCAGAGCACAAUCACGUAAUUCUCAGUCGCAUCCCAAUCUGGCGAGUUUGUGUGACUCGCAGCAACAGCAACAGCAGCAACAGCAUCGAGAGGCCACUCUCAGUGUCUGCAGGACGCAGUUUCAAUCGCAGUUGGAUAUCCAAAGCGGUAGCCGAUCGAUAGGGCCAGCGAUGACACGUCGAGCUCAUCAUCACUCGAGAACGUACUCGCAGCCGGUUUACACGCGGCUCCAACACACGAGGAGUAGCGGCAAUCUGCCAACGACGACGAGCACGAUGGUUGACGGUAAUCCUGAUGGAAAUGUUUAUAACGACCCGAUAUAUGCCCUACCGGUUAAGCCUUUCCUGAGCUCCCAGGAUGUGCGAGUCAAUGGAAUGUCGGCGAAAACUCCCGCGAUCUAUCACGAUGACGAUGUUUACGGUGGUUCGUCAUCGAUAAGCAGGCAUCCUUCGAACACCGGUCACUCUCAACCCGACGUAACCUCGCAACCAAACGAGCGUCUUCGCGAGGAUUUUUAUGGACGAAUGCCUCCGGGAAGGGUAUCCUUGCAAAGGCAACACUCGAAUCCGCAGCUGCCAAGCAGAACGCAAGCUGACGAGGAUUUUAAACGGUUGUCACAGCCAAGCGUUGCAACAGCCGAAUCUCGCAUCGCCGUUACGCGAAAGGAAGAACAGACAAUACGGCAACAAAAUUCGACAACUUGUAUUAGACUGAGAGGACUCCAGGGACCUCCAAAGCCACCUCGAAUUAUCACCACCCUGAGAAAAACUGCUCUCUCCGAUUCGGAAUGUAACAGCCAUACGGAACCACCAGCGAAACCACCCAGAAUUAUGAUAAGAAAUGGACCAAGAGCACGGCGGGGAAAAGCAGUCCAAAGAGCACCAUCGCGCCUGUAUAGAACGGUGGGUGGACCCACGAGGUGUUUCAAUAAGGCACAAUGUGUGGGUCCUGAAUUUGUAGUUCGUGCCAAUCAGCCUCCGAAGACACUAUGCGUAGGUCAAGUUAAGGCGGGCAACUCUGGCCGGAUAGUCGUAAUAAUGCUGACAGGACAACGCGUGGAAGUAACCUGCGACCCUCAAAAGGUCACUGCUGGGGAUUUAUUCCAGGCUAUUGUCCAAGCGGAAAGCCUCGACGAAAACUUCACUCUAGGAUUGGCUGUGCUACUGGCCGGGGAUUUCGCGAUGUUACCACCCGACACGAAAUUAAAUAAGGUCGCGCCACCGGGAUGGUUAAGCAGUGGCAAAAGCAAAGGCUUACUAGGUCUACCAACUAGUUUCAUGCUCUAUUUGCGGCUUCGAUUUUUUCUGCCAUCUCUUCGUGGCACCAGAAGCUGGAUAUCGAAGCAUCUGCUAUAUCUACAAAUAAGGCGAUGUAUACUGGAGCAGCAGUUGGUCUGCCCAUAUUCCGAAUUAAUCAAUUUAACGGGCCUUGCACUUCAAGCUGAAUUUGGAAACUACAACGUCAACGAGCACGGCUGCGGGGAUUACUUCCUCCUCGAGCACUACGUGCCGGAGUCCUUGAUAUUGAGCGCGGACCGGCAUCAAUCGCAGCCCUGCGUCGACGCCGAUACACUUCGGGCGCAGCUACACCGCGCUCACCGCGACCGCCGUGGCUUGGACUCGAACAAAGCCGAGGAGAUGUUCAUAACUCACGCGCAGUCCCUACCGGAUUACGGUUCGCACUACUACAUCGCCACGGUGGAUUCGAAGGAGCUCGAGAAACUGAUGACGCGGCAGAGAAAGGGCAAGAGCGCCGUGUCCGACAACCGCGAUGUCGUGUCGUCCCUCGACGGCACGGGAAAUGCUUAUCGCCAGGAGAAAUCCGCCCGAGAGACCUGUCCUGUUUACAGCAGAAUCCCGCGAUUAAGUUCUCGCGAGAACGUGCCGAUGAUACCCUAUUCGGACGAGCGCAAAAAGAACGUGGCGAAAUUGUGCCACGACGAAGUAACGUGUAACAACAAUAAUAACAACAAUAUUAAUAAUAUUAAUGGCAUUAAAGGCAACAAGAACAAUAAUAAGAGUAAUAAGAAGAAGACGGAGAGCAACGUAUGGCUGGCGAUACAUUCUCAAGGUUUAAAAUUGUUAGAACGAGGGGGCGAGCCGAGGGAGAGAACGGAAUUGGCCCACUUUCAAUGGCGGGACGUGCAGACGUUAAGUUACAGCAAGAGUUGCCUGGUGGUGUACAGCAAGCUGAAUGGGAAACGAUGCAAGUUCAAACUACGGAUGGAUCAUCGAAAAAGUUACUUCGCCUUCAAGCUCACCUCCCUGCAUCAUCAGUUCUUCCUCAGACUUCGCUCGGAGCUCACGUCGCUUCAGGGCCUCGCUAAAGACUUUGGGGUGCCUCUGACAACGGAAGCAAAACCUUCACCAUUGAAAUCCAAGAUUGGUGACGGUAAAACUAAGAUAACGAUCGCAAACGCGAUUAAAAUGCAACAGAAAAUAAACUAUCCGAUGCAAUUGGAGGAAUAUCAAAAUAAGGAGAACGAAAAUCCUCAAAAGGACACAAUUGUAGUGACAACGAAGGAGACUGGUCGUGAACCCGGCUUUUUUUCAUCCGAAGAAGAUGCUCUUUAUGCACAAGUAAAUGUGCGAUUAGAACCAGAAGGUCAAUCGCGAGACACAGAGGAAGAAUCAGAGAGAGGCUUAACGACACCGCACGAAAUCUUAUUGGAACCCAAAGAAACAAAAUUGGAGCACGACAAAUUCUAUGGUCGUCCCGGUUUAGACAGCGAAGCUGAAACCGAAUGUACAUAUUCGCUUCCAAAAGUUAUAUCGAACAACAUUAAUCAGUUGGAUAAACCUAACAAUCCUGAAGAAUUAUACGCCGCUAUUAAUAAGGUUCGUCUAUCGAAAAAGAGCGAGUUUCCUGUUCCGGAUGAAGUUUGGAACGUGUCAGACGUAAAGAAGACAUUGCAAAAAAUGAAGACAUCAAGUUUACCGAACUACGGCGCACCGAAACAGUCGAGUGGUUUACGUACACCAAGCCUGCCACGUCGAUUGGGUGUAAAAAUGGGAACACGAGCGAUUUACAGCAGCUUGGUCCAGAAAGAUACCGCGCUUACCGACGAAACGGAAUCAUUGUCUUUGAAAUCCGAUACCGAAUCAUCUAUUCAAUCAUUAUCAGCGCAAUCUACCGAAUCACCCAUGCCGGAAGCAUAUGUGCUGAAUGCCGAUAUACGAACUGACGACGAAACAUUUCGAGUCCCGGAGGACGAAUCAAUGUCUGCAUCCUUAAUGGCUCGUUUGGAAGAACUGUCGUUUGCCGAGGAACGAAUUUUGCACACGAUCAAGUUGGAACGCGGCCACGGUGGUAGCAUAGGUUUGCAAGUGAUGGAAGGUAACGACGGUGGCGUUUACGUUCAAGCGGUCUCUGUUGGCGGAUCAGCCGAUAUGGCCGGAAACGUAAAUAAAGGUGACCGGAUCGUAGCAAUAAACGGACAGAAUCUGCUGAAUCUUCGUUACGAGGAUGCUCUGAAGAUGCUGCAGAGCUCGUCCGAAACGAUUGAGUUGGUUCUUUCGCAGCCCGCUAUUCAAAAGAGCAUAGAAUCAAGAAAUGACCAAGGUCAGGAUUCUGUAGAGAACAAUUAUUUACAUGACAUUAAAUUUGACGUGUCGUCGGAAGCGGAAACGUCCAGCAUGAUGAACAAAUGGAUUGUUCAGAAAACCACUGACGUAGCAUCGGUGCAGAAUACUUCAAGUGCAUAUAGCAGCGCCGCAUCCAGCGCAAUGGGCAAUCAUAAUAAUGCAAAUAAUCUAUACAUGACUGAUUUCGGUGACAAUAACACGUUAAAAUCUGCCAGCAUGUUGCUGUCUAUAGAAGAUUUCGAUGUCAGUAGAACAAGUCGUCAAGUUUUCAUUUAGAUAACGAAAAUGCGACCGAACCACCCGUGCCACCGCGACGAACUAAACGUAAGAUCAAAAUCAUGUCGAUCG